GGCGGUGCGGGAAGUGCAGGUGCGGACGGCCCGGUGCCGCCGGAGGAUGCGGGAGCUCCUGAUGCGCUGUGUGAGGAGGAUUGCACGUUCUUCACUCGAAAGGAAAUCCUUCGGUUGCACGGCCGAUACUAUGAAAUGGCACCAAACGUUGUGCCCAUGGACUAUACAAAGGACCCAGAUGUUAAACUACCUAUGCAGCUUAUAAUAAAUAUGCCUGAGCUAAAGGAGAAUCCCUUCAAAGAAAGGAUUGUGGAGUCUUUCUCGGAAGAUGGAGAGGGGAGCCUGAGCUUCAAUGACUUUGUGGAUAUGUUCUCCGUGCUCAGUGAAAUGGCUCCCCGAGAGCUUAAAGCAAUCUAUGCCUUCAAGAUCUAUGAUUUUAACACAGAUAACUUCAUUUGUAAAGCAGACUUGGAAAAAACCCUCAAUAAGCUGACCCGGGAAGAGCUGACAGCAGAGGAAAUCACUCUGGUUUGUGAGAAAGUGAUAGAAGAAGCUGACAUGGAUGGUGAUGGGAAAUUAGGAUUUGCAGAUUUUGAAAACAUGAUUUCCAAGGCACCGGACUUUCUCAGUACUUUCCACAUAAGAAUCUGAAGAUGUUUCUGCCAGUCCAGCCUGUCUGAAUUUCAGGCACUCCAGGGGGUUUUGUCCCCUAAUGAGAGCUUCUUAGAACUCAGCAGAAAGUACUGAAAUAAUUCUGGUCCACAAAGAGACAGAAGCAUCAUGUG